UGUUGUAUCAGAGCGCCUGUAACGCUACUCUGAUAGAGGCAACACCAAUGAUAUAUAGAACGAAUUAAGCACGCGAUUUUUAUUAAUAAAAAGAAUAAUCAAAGGAGUUCGAAAGUCAAUUGAUUGAUAAAUUGCUGGUUAAUACAUUUUGUAAUUAAUGUGUCGUCGAUUGUCGUUGACAAGAAUUACUACAGUGACUAUAAUUAUAACUUUUUGCGUUAUCAUUUGGAAUAUAUUUUCGAUUGACGAUGAGGAUCGUUCCGAAUUUGUGAAUGGUUGUAAUAAGACCGUUGAAUAUCUCAGCGAUUUAGACCACUUAUUGGAGAAAGUGCACAACAUCUUUGUAUCGCAUAACCUGAGGUACAUUUUAUGUUAUGGAACACUAUGGGGACAAAUUCGAAUAUCAGAAUUUCUACCGUGGUCAGAAAAGGCGGAACUUUGCACCUUCAAAGCACAACUAGAUCUGAUAAACGAGGGUUUGUUGUAUGGUAGUUUUGAGCGGAAGUCUCUACGUCUCCGGUAUUUCUCCGCCUAUGGAUUUUUCAUUGUUGAAGACAUUUACAAAUCGACUCCGUUCAUUCAGAUUUAUGUCUACGACCUGGAUGUCGAGCAACAAAUGUACAAAAGGGUCGGCUGGAAACGAGGCCUGUUGCCGCCGCAUUGUGAUUGGACACCUUCGUUGGAAUGUUUCCCAGCGCAUUUGAUCGUUGAUCCAUUGCCAGCUAAGUAUCUGGGGAGUAAUACAUAUCCAGUUCCAAUGGGUGGAAUUGAAAUACAGAAAUAUCAUUACGCGAAUAGUUGGUGGAAGAGGCCUCAAAUGCGGCCAACAUGUACUUAGACUAGACGAUCGACUGAGAUUUUAAAUAAAGUCACUAGGACAUCACUCGUCAUUG